AUGGUGCGUCUGCUCCACGAUGACAUGAUGGCGCGAAUAGCAGACAAUGGAGUUUUCUCAGAGACAUUUGCAGUGACCAACGGAGUGAAGCAGGAUUGCAUCCUCACGCCUACCCUCUUCAGCCUCAUGUGUUCUGCCAUGCUGAUGGACGCCUACCGUGACGAACGACCCGGGAUCCGCGUCACCUACAGGAUGGGCGACCACCGCCUAAAUCAUCGGCGGAUGCACUUCUAUUUGCGCGUAUCCACGACCACAGCUCACGAACUUCUCUUCGCCGACGACUGCGCCCUCAAUACCACUUUGGAAGGGGACAUGCAAAGGAGCAUGGAUCUCUUCGCCGUCGCCUGCGGGGACUUCGGCCUGGUUAUCAAGACGGAGGAGGCAGUGGUCAUGCAUCAGCCGCCAUCCGACGCUGCCUACGUCGCACCCCAAAUCAACGUGAACGGCGCCUAA